AUGGGGCGGAAAGUCGCCAACUCUCGGAAGCCUACACAACGUCUCCGUGACAUCCUCGAGGGACGCACCGUCUCGUCCAAUUGUCCUGGGGCACCAAAGGUUACACCCAGGGUGCAGCUCCCUUUGGAGAUCCUCUACGCUCUUUAUAGUGAGGCUGGUUUUGAGGGGGAGAACGAGGACGGGUGGGUGAUGGUGGCGGACUUCAUUGAUGAGUAUGCGAUGGCGGCAGAAAUCAGUGAGAAAGAGGCUUUAGAGCCCCAUUCUCUCGCCGAGGCAAGGACUCGACCUGAUUGGCCGUUGUGGGAGAAGGCGAUCCUGGAAGAACUUGCUGUUUUGAAAGCUGCAGGUACAUGGGAACUUGUCGAUGCACCUCCUGGAGCCAAUAUUGUUGGUUCAAAGUGGGUUUUUUGGGCAAAGAAGGAUGCCACUGGCAAUGUGGUGCGUUACAAGGCUCGUCUUGUCGUGCAAGGUUUCUCCCAAGUCCCGGGGAUCGAUUACUUCGACACGUUUGCACCGGUCGCACGCCUUGCUUCUAUUCAGGCCGUUCUCGCGAUGGCAGCUGUCCAUGACUACGAAAUCCAUCAAGUGGAUGUCAAAGGUGCUUACCUAAAUGGCAUUCUCACCGCCGACGAGGUUAUUUUUAUGUGCCAACCCCCUGGAUAUAGGAUUUCUGACAGCGCAGGAAAGGUGUGUCGUCUUCUCAAGACACUGUAUGGACUGAAGCAGUCGGGGAGGCGAUGGUAUCAGAGGUUGGUGGAGAUCAUGGUGCUGCUCGGUUUUGAGCAGUGCGCGGUCGACCAGGCAGUUUUCUUUAAGCGCCACGGCAAGGCACUUGUGAUCGUGCUUGUGCAUGUCGACGACUGCACAAUUGUGGCCACUGCACUGCCACUGAUCGAAGCCUUUAAGGCUGAGGUCGCCAAGCAUGUUGAAAUCACCAAUUUGGGCAAACUCCACUGGAUCCUUGGCAUCGAGGUUCGGCGCAAUCGUGAACGCCAUAUUAUCUUCCUUUCCCAACACUCGUACAUCGACUUGAUCAUUCGCUGGUACAACCUUCAAGACCUCAAGCCUCUUUCCAUUCCCAUGGACCCCAAUGUUCGCCUUUCGAGUGCUCAGUCUCCCUCUACCACUGUCGAGAUCGCGAAGAUGGCAAAUAUCCUGUACCACAAGGCCGUCGGUUCUCUCAUGUACACCUCGCUCGGUACACGCCCGGACAUCACCUUUGCUGUCCAAACCGUCUCACGAUACACCUCAAAGCCUGGUCCCGAGCACUGGGAGGCCGUCAAGCGGAUUUUUUGCUACCUGAGUGGUACGAAGGAGUUGUGGUUGAGUUUUGGUGGGGACACAAAGGGGCUGGUUGGAUUUGCGGAUGCGGAUGGGAGUAUGGCAGAGGAUCAUCACGUGAUCUCAGGGUAUGCUUUUUUGCUUCACGGCGGUGCUGUUUCGUGGAGUGCUAAGCGCCAGGAGAUCAUCUCACUGUCCACCACAGAAUCUGAGUACGUCGCAGCAACACAGGCCACGAAGGAGGCUCUCUGGCUCCACUCCUUGGUCUCGGAGCUUUUCGCCAUCGACCUCGACAUGACCACUUUAUUUUUGGACAACCAAUCGACCAUCGCACUCACAAAAGACCAUCAGUAUCACGCCCGCACUAAACACAUUGACAUUCGGUUUCAUUUCAUUCGCUGGAUCAUCGAAAAGGGGUCCAUUUGA